AUGCUCCGCACAACCCACCGUACCCUCCUGCACCGCACCCCCCUACGUGUGAUCUCCCAAAAGCGCUUCUACGACGACCUCAAAAAAAAUCCGCACGCAACUGAAAAGACGCACACACUCGACGUACAAUCCGACGCCUCCAAGCGGGGGAUGAAGGAGCGCGAAGAGAGCCUCCACAGCGGCGGGGCCCAGAACAAAAAGAAAGAUCCCAAGAAGGAGCACCCCGAAGCACCAGGACCAAUUAUCGGGAUGCAGGAUGAGAGGGGGCAGAGUGAGUAG